CGAACGGCUAGCAAGUGACCCUACUUAUAUGUCCAGUACUCCCAUGGAAGAGUCAUCAGUCUCACUUUCUUCCUCUGUUUACCCAACAACAUGCUCUCGCUCCAUCUUUCUUCGUCAGCAGCCUCGCAGCAAAUGGCAAAGGAUUUACCUACACUUGCCAUAGAAGUGAGUUAUCCGUUUCAUUCUCAUCUGAUCGGCAGAUCUGGACGGAAUAUCAAUCGGAUAAUGGAGGAUACUGGAACUCGAAUUCAUUUCCCAGAUCGCAAUCGUAUCGCCGGAGAGUCAAAGAGUAACAGCGUCAUCAUUCGGGGUCGACUUGCAGGUCUUGAAAUGGCUCGUCAACGUAUUCGGGCGGAUAUCCCGGUCGAAUUCGUUGUCGAUUGUAGCCUUGAACGGAUCAAUUCCAUCGGCCAGUCAUCAUUGCUUCAAUACUUCUCUACGACUUUUGGCGUCCUGUUGCGUUUCUACCCAAAGAUCGACGGUGUCGAUUGCCAGGUGAACAUCCGCGGGCAACAGAAUCGUGUCAAACACCUAAAAGAAUCUGUUGUGUAUUUUGGACGCCUGAUGCAUACGUCUCUCGAGUCUGUGGUGGUGAAGAUGGAGACAUCAUUCGAUCACGUUUGGGUUGUUCGCGACCACGUAGACCAAAUUGUAGCCAUAACAGGCGCCGGCAUCCGUUGCCCCGAUGUUUCUAUCUCGACAGAGUUGCCGAAAAAGUAUUGUAUUUGGAUCCGUGGUUCUUUAGAUCAAGUUCAUCUGGCCACUUCUAUGCUUACUGGACUUUUGCCAAUGCAGCUGAUGGUUCAGACUGAAUCACAACGUUUCAAUCCCUUUUUUUUGGAAGAGGCGAAAACAACUGACAUCUUGUUUAGGGUGGAACGUUCACUUUCGAACACUUUGACAAUUCGACUCGCUUCAUACGAAUGGAAUGCACGUAACCUAUUUGAUUUGAUGAGACGCUGCCUUGAUCUGCCUUUUGAUCAGAGAAUUCUGCCAAGUUUGCCAGAAUCGUGGUUAGCACUUGUAGAAAUCACCUGCAAUAGUUUCAUUCGCUCUUCGGCAAAACUUUCGAGUUUUUUGUCAUCUACAACACAAAGCGUUUCUCGGCAACCAAGUGCGAUCUUGAUGGGUGAUGUUUCGGAAUCUUGCAGUUCAAACAAUUCGAGACUUUCUUCACCUCGAGCUGCAAUUGAAUCCUGCAUUCCAGCAUCAUUGGCUGCCUCCCGAUUCGACCAGAAUUCAUCUCGUCUUCUCUCACAAUUGCUGGAAAAUGUCGGCUUGUCUCAUUAUUCAAAUUUAUUUGUUCAGAACGAAGUCGACCUGGCCAUGUUUUCCACGUUAAAGGACGAGGACUUGAUCAGCAUCGGUAUAUCUUCGUUCGGUGCCAGAAAAAUCAUGUUGAAUUCCAUCAGAGAAUUACGCAAAUAAAUUAACCUCGUCGUCAUUUACUACGUUGCAUAAUUAAGGACGUGUUCCUACCUGAUCAGUUGUUACGUUUGCUUCACGUAUUUCCCACUUUUUACUUGUGACACAGAAUUCUUGUUUGACUGUUUUGCACGCUGCUAUUUUUUCUUGUGCUCUCAUUUUGGAAAAACCCCUAACGUCUUAUAAACCUGUGACCAUUUUUUUCCCUUAUUACAAAUUUGACUUUCGUAAAAACGCGUUGUUUCUCUUGCUCAAAGUUGUUGACCGGUUGUUUAACCAAACCAGCUUCAUCACCUUCCUUUUCUUGGACGGAUUACACUAACUUACAACUCAUACCUUGUAAAAAAAUAAAAUAAAAUAAAAGUAUUUAAUUUUAAAGCAUCAUCAUUGCACUUGUCGGUCUUUUUUCAGUCAUGGGUGCCUGGCUGGGAGUAGUAAACCAGGCUACUGGGCAGUAAAAUUACAUCACUGCUGCAACGGUGUCAUGAUUUCUGCUGAUGAGGAAGAGAUUUUCGGUCAAAAUUUUUUAAACAUUCGAAGUAAAAUACGAUUUGAAGCAGUUGCAUACUGUUUAUUAGGAUUAUUUGACUGAAAAAAUACACAAAAUUCAAAAUUGUCUGAAAUCCCACUGAAUACAGUCGCCCUCUAUGUUUCCCGCCGAAAUUUUUACUUACUUCAUUAUUUACAUACUUGUUCAGGCUGCGUGGUUGCUGCUCGGCUGGGUGUAGUCUGGCUGAUUCCAUGCAUUAAUUAACAUGCUGGAUAUUUUUCAUUAACAUACAACAAUGUUUAAGUACUAUAGUUUUAUUCAAAAUGACACGGAGAUGGAUUAGACUUUUAGUUGCAGCGUUAAUAUUCGGAACA